CCCAGGCUGGCAGGUGCGCGCCUUGAGUUCCUACCCUGCCCAGUGUCGCACCCCGCCGGUGCCUGUCCUGCAGCCGCCCACCCAAGUGGGCCAAGGGGCCAGGCCGGAUCGCCACCCGCCAGCAUGCCGUCCUCUCUGGGGGGCUUGCAGAGGUGCUUCUGGGCUGUGCUCCUCCUCCUGGCCCUGGCUGUGCUCCUGCUGGCCGGCAUCAUGCACGUGGACAUCGGGCUGUUCAUGCCCCAACUCGGGGACCAGCCUGAUGGGCCUCCCGUCACCAACGUCAUGUUUCUUAAGACGCACAAGACGGCCAGCAGCACGGUGCUCAACAUCCUCUUCCGCUUCGCCGAGACGCACAACCUGUCGGCGGCGCUGCCCGCCGGCGGCCGCUUCCACCUCGGCUACCCCUGGCUCUUCUUGGCGCGCUACGUGGAGGGCGUAGAGCAGGGCGGGCCCGUGAGGCGCUUCAACAUCAUGUGCAACCACCUGAGGUUCAACCCGCCAGAGGUGCAGAAAGUCAUGCCCAACGACACCUUCUACUUUUCCAUCCUCAGAAACCCCGUCUUCCAGCUGGAAUCCUCCUUCGUCUACUACAAGAGCCACGUCCCCGCCUUCAGGAACGUCUCCAGCCUGGAAGCCUUCUUGGCCUCCCCGUGGACCUACUACAACCAGAGCCUGGGCCUGAGGAACGCCUACGCCCGGAACAGCAUGUGGUUCGACCUGGGUUUCGACAAUGACGCGCCGCCGGAGGAGGGCUACGUGCGCGCGCGCCUGCUCGACGUGGAGCGGCGCUUCCAGCUGCUGCUCAUCGCGGAGCAUUUCGACGAGUCCAUGGUGCUGCUCCGGCGCCUGCUGCGCUGGCGGCUGGACGACGUGGUGGCCUUCAGGCUCAACUCGCGCAGCCAGCGCAGCGUCACCAGCUUGUCGCCCGCAGGCCGGGAGCGCGCCAAGCACUGGUGCGCCCUGGACUGGCACCUCUACCAGCACUUCAACCGCACCUUCUGGGCCCGGCUGCGCGCAGAGCUGAGCCCGCGGCGUCUGCGCUCCGAGGUGGCUCAGCUGCGCGAGCGGCGGCGCGAGCUGGCGGUCCUGUGUCUACAGGACAGCGAGCCCAAGAACCAGUCGCAGAUCACCGAUCUCCGACUGCGCCCCUACCAGUCGGGCAGGGCCGACAUCCUGGGCUACAACCUCAGGCCGGGCCUGGACAACCAGACGCUGCAGAUGUGUCGGAGGAUGGUUAUGCCUGAGCUCCAGUACAUGGCCCACCUCUACACCCUGCAGUUCCCCGACAAACCCCCCAAGAACCUCGCCUUCCUGGAGGCCUAGAGGGAUGGCACCGGGGACUCUGGCUGGGCCGUCUCCUGUUGUCCCUGGAAGGCCUGGGCGCCGUCUCAGGCUCCGAGGGGUCUUCUGGGGGCACCUGGGGUACCCAGGCCCUGCCAGACCACCAGUCCUCAGGGCAAAGACUCCAGUGAAGAGACCACCCAUGAUCCAUCCUCUCGGAGGUGACCUCUCUGCUGAGGGCCCGAAAUAUAGGACACCGCUCACCUGGACUGAGGAUGUGAGCCUGCUCAUCAGAGUCAUCCGAUAGAAGUCUCUAAUGAGGUGGGAAAGUGAGGGAUCUUCAUCAGAAGAAAGGGGUCUGGAGCUCAGAGCAGCUCCCCUGCUUUGCCAGCCGUGGGGACAUGGCUCUGGUCACUGAGACGCUGUCAGCGCCCCACGCUCUGGAGGUGGGCUUGGGGACCUGGGUUUGGAAGGGUCUGGAAUGCUCAGUUUCCCAUCUUUGGCUGUAUGAGCCUUAUUUCCAAGUGAAGAACGGUUUUGGAUUGAGAAAUGUUACAACUGCUUCCCAGGCAAACGGUUUAGCCGGAGCACAGGUUGCAGGCCUGUACUGCAGCUCUGAGCUGCGACAAACCGCCCCCAAAAGACGAGCGGAGGAGACCUGCCGCAGAGCUGGGAGGGGACUGCUGCACGCUUGGUCGCCGUGCAGACAACACUGGAUGAAACCCCAGAGGAGGGUGGCUUCCAGGCCCCCCUUCUUGUGGUUUGUGCGGAGGGAGUGAGGAUGCCUGCCUGGCAGGACAUGAUCCCUGGCUGUUUGGGGGCCCAGUGGUUAGUGGGGUGCACACACCCAGAACCAUGAGAAAAGUGGGCUACCUGGAGCACCCAAGAAACAGAGUCGCUCUUUCACACUCAGCUGAGACGCUCAGCCUGGCCUGUCCGUCUGGCUCUGGGGUCCCCUUCCUUUCACGUGGGGCUUUCAGCCUGGAGGACCCCGGCACCUGCUCAGGUGCUCCUGGGUCCGGACAUGUCCACACUUUCCCGAGGAAUCAGCACUUCAAAGAGGAGGUGAACUCUCACCCUCAGAACAGGCAGCAGCUCACUUGGACACAAUUUAAUGGAGGGACUUUAUGAAGAAUGAAUUUUCAGUAAGAAUAUUGGAUAUACUGCAGCAAAUUUGAGAAUCAGAUCAGAGAUCAGAUCAGUAGCUCAGUCGUGUCUGACUCUUUGCGACCCCAUGAAUCGCAGCACGCCAGGCCUCCCUGUCCAUCACCAUCUCCCGGAGUUCACUCAGACUCACGUC